AUGAGGUCCUUCGUUUCUCUUCUUGCUUUUCCCGCUUCCUCGCUGGCUGGAACCGUGCUGUGGAGCGGCAUCUUCAAUUCUUCUGCAACCGUUGAGGACUUUGAUGAUUGGUCCUGGUCGAACCAAAUUGAACCGUGGCAAUGGUACAUUCAUGGCAGUGGCAAAACGAGCGAAUAUCUGGGCCUGUCCUCCGACUUCAAGAACCCGGCCGACACCAGCGACGCCCAGGGGGUCCGGAUCACCAUCGAUGGGACCUCCCUCUGGGAAGGACAGACCAUGGAGCGCUCCGAACUCAUCCCCCAGACCACCGCCAAUCUUGGCUCAGGCCAUCUAUACUAUCACUUCUCACUGUCCACCAAGACGACAAAUGCCCCCGACGCCUCCUUCGAACACCAGAUUGCAUUCUUCGAGAGCCACUUCAUUGAACUCCAGUAUGGCGCGUCCGGCACAUCCGAUAACACCCUGCGCUGGAACGCAGGCGGCAAAACAUACUGGUCGGUUCAGCUGGAGGCGGGCAAUUGGUACAACUUCGCCUACGAUAUCGACUUUACCUCACAGACGGUCGGUCUCUGGGCGUCUAAUGGCUCCGAUCCCUUGACUGAGGUAGUCUCGCCCGUCAGCGCAUCCACCUCUUCCAACUCGGCGGACUGGCACGUCGGCCAGCUGCGCCUGCCCAACGGGGGAGGCUCCAACGACGCAGCGGAAGACUGGUUCUGGUCUGGCAUUUAUGUCGAGGAGGCACCUAUCACAAAGGAGAUUGGUUCUUCCGGCUCGUCCGGCUCUUCCCGUGCUUCGAGUGCUUCCAGCUCUUCGACUACCACCUCCUCCACCUCCCAAUCAAGCUCCCUGGGAUCUUCCACCAGUACUACAGGGCCCGCUGCUACCAUCUCAGCUUCGUCCAAGGAAGCCUCUGCUACACAGACGGAUGUCUCAACCGCAGUGCACUCCGUCGUUCCUUCAAAGACGAGCGUCACCGUCUCAACAGCCACCUCAGUCGCAACCACAACCCCUCAGGCUAUGACAUCGGCUGCAACUCCUGCCCUCAACACUGAUACGGCCACACCCACUGGACCUUCUUCAGCAAAGCUCCCCACCCCCACCACUGCCGCACAGCUUCUCGCCGAGAUUCAGGCUCUGUUCCGGUCCCUUGUUUCUCGUCCCAACAGCGUGCACGCCCGCGACUUUGCCCGCCGUAGGUAG